AUGGGGGCACUGCUAGCAAAGUGGAGGGCAAAGCCCUCUACAGUUGAAGUUCUUGAGAAAAUGGAAAAGGAUAUUCAGUCUCUGGAAGAAUUCAGUGAUAAAAAUCAGAAACUACUCAAGAUUUGGGUUGCAAGACUGUUCUUUUAUUCCAGCAUACUUUAUAUUAUCACAAGUCUAGCUGUAUAUUUAUUGUACCUUCCGGAUGGCAUGACUGCAAGACUCCUUACAACGCUUCUGUUUAUGUUGUUCCCAGUAUUGAUAUGGUUUGUUAGAACGCUGCUAAUUCUUUGGUUUUCCAGAAGAACUGAAAGAAAUAAUGAUGCACUGGAAAUUGUUAAAGCAGAGAAGAAGAAAAUAAUCCAAGAUCUGCGCCAGAGGACGGCAGCUCAAAGAAACAUAAGUGUGUCCACCCCAGUAAACCCAGACCAGGAAUCACCACAAGUUCCAGGGCUGCUGGCGGCAACUCCAGCUCUUCAAAGAGAUACUUCGGGUCCUGGUGGCCCCCCUGAGCGGUCUGUUCAGCCAACACCUCAGUCAAACAUCUUACAGAGACGCCCUGGAUCACCUGUGACUGCAGUAUCUGGAAUGGCCCUCCAUCCCCCAGGGCCUCCACUGGCAAGACCAAUUCUUCCAAGGGAAAGAGGUGCAAUGGAUAGAGUAAUUGAGUACCUGGUUGGUGAUGGUCCACAGAACAGAUAUGCCUUGAUAUGUCUGCUGUGCUUUUCCCAUAAUGGAAUGGAACUUAAAGAAGAAUUUGAAUAUGUUGCUUUUAGAUGUGCCUACUGCUAUUUCCUCAAUCCUGCUAGAAAGACUCGUCCACAGGCACCACGGCUUCAAGAAAUCAAUUUUGACAGGCAAAGGCACAGAACUGACUCUCAAGGCUCUGUUAGUGCUUUGCAGCCCCCUGCAGCAGAACAGCAGGAAAGCCAACACUCUCCAUUGGCUAUGGAAGAAAAUUCACCUGUACAAGCAGAGGAUAAAGAGAUAGAAGAGGACUCUACGUGCAGUGAACAGCAGUGGGAAAAAGUACCUGAUGAUAGCGAGAAAGACAAAUCUUCAGUUACUGAAUUAAAUCCUCCUCUUCCUGCUCCUGCAGCCAAUGAACGUGAAGAAUCUUUUAUGUAA